GAUUGCGUGGUGGUGGCGGGAAAACGCCGACGAAGCGGAGACCACACAGAGGAGGAUAGCUCCCCUCGUCGUCGUCCUCACCGCCGGCGCCGGCGACGAUGGCCAUGGCCGCAGCCACCCCCGUACUCCUCCUCCUCCGCCGUUCCGCCACCAUCUUACUCCCUCGAUCUCGAUCUCCGCGCGCCUCCGCUUGCGUCUUGGCGCCGCAGCGGAGGAGGGGGAGAAGGUGGCGGCUGCUCCGAUCGUCGCCGCCUCCCGAAGGGGUCCCCGGCGAACUCAUGGAGGAGGAGGAGGACUCCAAGUUCGUGCCGCUGAACGCCGAGGAUCCCAUGUACGGACCGCCGGCGCUGUUGCUCAUCGGAUUCGAGGAAGGCGAAACCAACAAGGUUCAGGAGUUCCUGAGAGAGCUUGACGGAGAAUUUCUCAAGGUGAUUCAUUGUACAGAAGAAAUGACAAAGCAAACGUUGUGGGAUGCCAUGCACACUGAGCAACCUAGUAUAGAAGCUGUCAAGAUUGCAAAGUCAAUGCCAAGAAUUUGUAUAUUUUCUGGCCUGACUGGUGAAGAGAUGAUGAUGUUCAUCAAUUCCUACCCAGAAACUGGGUUGGAACCAGCUGCUUUUGCAGCACUUGUUCCUAACAGUGCAGACAAGAUUCUUGGUGAGGUGAUCGAGGAAAUAAUGGGUGACCACGAGAUGCUGGAACGAAUUAGCAAUGAAGAGAAUCUAAUGUAGCCACUGGGCUAAGCUGAUGGAAAGGCCCAUGAAGAGAAAUCAGGCAGCAGUGAUCAAACUCACCUACUGAAAUCACCAGCUCCAAGUGUUAGGAUUAUAUGUGUAAACUAGGAUUUUUUUUUCCUUAAAUGGCGUCGGUGCCAAAAGUAUUAGAGUCGUGGGUGCAUUACUCUACGUCAGUACCUACAAUGCCUACAAUUAAGAUGGGAAGGCUCUAAGAAUCAGAGGGAGAUUAACCAUGUCAAACAUGAACCAUAAUGGCUCAAAUGGUGGUUGGCUGAUGGAUAUGGUCAGAUUGCUAGAGUUCUCUGUAAGAACAUGCAUAAGAGAUUAAGAGAUGUUCCUUCUCA